AGGACAGUUUCAAAGUUGCAGCCAACGACUGCACCACGUCCUACUAUUUAUCCAAUAUAUAUAUAUAUAUAUAUUGCUCUCCUUUUUUAAAACGCGGGAAAACACAUAAAUAACGCGAGUCAUUUUAAUGUAAAAAAAAAAAAUUAUUUUCUUUUUGUGCGUUGAUAAUGAAAAAAAAAGUUAAGUGUCAUUUUUGUGAAGUGAUCGCAACUAAACUGAAUUUGUAUAAUUAAAAAAAAACUGUUCUAUAGUUUUAAAUGAUUAAUAAAUUUAAAAAUCAACAGUGUGUAUGAGAAGGCAUUUAAUUUCAUAGCCCAGGAGGAAUUACAAUCGAUAUAUAAGGAUUAAAACAGGAUCAAUGGAUUAGUGAAAUUGUUGUCAUAACGAGGAAAUUAGCAAUAGAGGAUUAAAUAUGCAAAUUCAAUUUUCUACUGAUAAUUAUCAUCAUUGCGAGAAAGAAUUUUCAAUUUUUUAACAAAAUCGUAAUUAAAAAAUAAAUAAUUAUUAAAGUUUAAUGGAACUGUUAUUUUGGAAAAGUUUAGAAAAAAUCAUUAGGAAGAAAAAAAAUUAAAACGCAGCAGUGAAGAAAAGUUUAAAUAACAAAAUAUCAUUAGAAAUGUAAACAAAAAUCAAAAGGAGAGGAGGAUUCAAGAACAUUAAGAAAAAAUUAUACAUAUAUAUAUAGUAAAAUUUGAAGAUCAUUACUUUAUAAAACAAAUGCUAAAUAUUUUCAGUGGCGCAAUGUGGAAAAGCUAAAAAUAUAAGUAAUUAUAAUUGGAAAAUUUGGCUAAAUAUCAUUAUAGUAAAAAAAAGAUAAAUAUAAAAGUCUAUAAAAGAAAAAGUAAAUGCAAAAAUAAAAUUAAUAUCAACAGCGAUAAAUAUACAAAGUUUAGCCUAUAAUGGUGAACAUUUAUCAAAAUCAUCGCGAUUAUUCUCGCAAAGGAUAAUUCUCUGCGUCAGCGAAUGGAAACCGUCGGCGCUUAAGUUUUGAAAAUUUAAAAUCCUUUUUUCUUCCCAAUAAGUAAAUAACAAAAUUAAUAAUAUAUAAUUUUAAAAAAUUGUUUUUUUAAAGAAGCAUAAGAUCGCUAAAAUAAAAAUUUGUAUAGAGAAAAAAAAAAUAUUUUUUGUGGUAAUUUUUUUAUUUUGAAUUUUUCUAGACACAUUUUUUUGAUAUACCUAGAGUUAGCGAAUCAAAUAUAUAUACAUAUUAUAACGACGAAGAAACUUACUUAUCGCGGCGGAGAGUUCUUGUGUGCGGCGCGAAUAAGACUAAUUAAUUACCGGCGGCUGGGCGGUCGCGCGCGCGACAAUUAAUUAUUUAAAUAGACUUUCAAGUCGUGUGUGAGAAACGAAGACGAAGAAAUUAUUCGAGAAGGAAGCGAUAUAUAUAUAUAUGUAUAUAUAUACAUAUAUCCUUGACAAACGAACAAAACGAAACCUAUAUAUAUACGUGUGCGGAAAAAUUGCACGUGUUUAAUUUACCGCGACUUAGUUUAUCGGAUUCAACUGCCGAUGUCGGCCAUGUCAACCUCAAACUGAUUAUACAAUUAUUAUCGGGAAGAGGAUGUUCCACGGUAGCGGAAGCGGUGGUUACGGCGCAAGUUCCGACUAUCAACAACAAUCACAACAACAACAACAACAGCAACAGGGACAUCAACUUCAGGCCCCAGUUUAUGUCCCAUCAUCGAGACCAGCGAUUCCAUCUGCAGCAACAGCCGCACAAUAUCAUUCUUUCCCCACUUCCGCAUCGCCAGCAUGGGACAAAACGGCUUCCUGGCAACAUGGGGUGGACAGUUACGCGCACCAUACGUUAGCUGGUCACACGGGUAGUUCAGCAGGUGGAUUGGGACCUCAUGGAGGACAUGGACAUCCACAUGGUGGACAUCCUCAUGCAGCUCAUCCCCAUUCAGCAUUGGCUGCUGCAAAUUCCCCAUUUUAUGCCCAAAAUGUUGCGAUGAUGUCAUCAUGGAGGGCUUAUGAUAGCGCGGGAUUUCAAAGAGCCUCACCUUAUGAUUCGUCAAUGGAAUUUCAAUUUGGCGAAGGUCGUGAAUGUGUGAAUUGCGGAGCAAUUUCCACACCCCUUUGGCGACGGGAUGGAACUGGUCAUUAUCUCUGUAAUGCUUGUGGUCUUUAUCACAAAAUGAAUGGCAUGAAUCGACCACUUAUCAAACCUUCCAAGCGAUUGAUCUCCGAAUUCCAGACUGCAACGAGACGACUUGGACUUUGCUGUACAAAUUGUGGUACACGAACAACAACAUUGUGGAGGCGCAACAACGAGGGCGAACCAGUUUGUAAUGCUUGUGGUUUAUAUUUUAAACUUCAUGGUGUCAAUCGACCAUUGGCGAUGAGGAAGGAUGGAAUUCAAACGAGAAAACGAAAACCAAAAAAGACACCCGAACCCAAUGCUCGAACAUCGAAUGGAGAUCAUGAAACAUCAGCCUCAACAACAUCUUCCCCAUCUAAUGAAGGUAAAAGUAGCCAUAGUCAGCAGCAUCAGCAGCAGCAGCAUCAGACAGAUGUACCAAAAUCAUCAUCGAGUUCAUCGACAACGACGGAAAGACCAGUUUAUCUUGGUCAUACAUCACUUCUUCCAACCGGAAGUACGCCAACUGUAAAAACGGAACCGCGAAGUUGUGAAGGUGUCGUUGCCCAACCAUAUUCAUCAUAUUAUCCUCAUCCUCAUCAAUUGAGUACACCUACAAGUGAACAUCAACAAUCUAGUUAUUAUGGAGCUCAGGAAGCACCUUAUCAUCAUCAACAUCACGUCACUGCAGCAGCAAAAUUAUUAGCUUCCUCUUAGUUCUUUUUUUCUAAUCUUAUUUAAAAAAAAAACGAAUUUGAAUUUAUCUCUAAAUAUUAUAUUUCCUUGACAAAAAUGACAAAUUUGAAAGACUCGAGAAAAAAUUUCCAUUUCCGUGACGAAACGAAUGAAUAUUUCUUAAAAUUAAUUAUUUCGAAUUUUAUAAAAUAAAAAUUUGCCUAAUUAAACCCAAUUUUUUAUUUUGAUGAGCUUUUCUUUUUAAAACAAUUUUCAUAUUCAAUUUAACGAAAAUUUGAUUAAAUGGAAAAUUUAUUAUUAAAUUAAAUUUCAAAAAAAAAUAACUAUUACAUAUAAAUUUUAUGGAAUAUACAUGCGCAAUCCCCUCGCAGUUAAUUUUGAAAUUAACAUCAAAAUUAAUUUCAUCGUUAAAAGUGUAAAAAAUUAUUAUCAUUUUAUUCGGUUCAUUUUUUUUUUUUUUAAUAA